AUGUCUUCUGGCCAGAACGGCUGUGUCCGCAAGUCUCGCGUGUACCCUGUUCAUGUUUCGCGCGGCCCUGACCGCCCCAUGCCGUCGUCGCCCCUGACUUAUCCAAGCUCAUUCGACCCGUCAAACUUUCUGACCACACUCAGCCAGGAGGCUUUUCACGAUCGCCAUGCCAAUUUGUGCCUCUGCUGCGGAAAACCCAUUGCCUUUCCGGCCGACUGCUGCCGCGACGAGGACUGCAAGGAUUGUCAUCGUAACAGUUGCCCCUGCCAAGAGUUGAAAGGAAGGGUUGGCCAGCAAGUCAAGGGUUACGCCGAUUGCCACCACCCCUUCGAGCUGGCCCCGGCCAACAUCGUGCCCUCAGGCGGCCGCCCCGUCGAGACUCGCUGCACCAUCGUAGCCAACGCCAACAACCACGUGGCCCAGGGAAAGCACCUCUUCACCAUGGCGAACUACACCAUGGCGAACUUGCGAAUGAUUGACGAGGGUCUCGAGAAGAUCACCCUCUAUGGCAAUCCCGACAUGCAGGUUCAGGUCAAAGACAUCCGCGGAAAGACCACCAAAUUCACGCUCUCGCUAGGAGCUGUUCACGAUCCCUGGGCUCACGGACUCCGCAACAUGGGCGACAACAAGGAGGAUUCCGCUGCGGACCUUGUCAUCACCAGGCCGUUCAUCAAGUACUGCGGCUACAAGGGUCUCGUGGAACGCGCCCAGACCUACGAGUCGAAAAACCUGCCCGACAUUGCCUACCUCACGACCGGCAUUUAUCAGGUGGCUGGGCUGUGCGACCGGGGCACCAAGGAGACGAUGAGCCUCAGCGGCGGCAAGGCGCGCACGCAGGCCGAGGUGGUCGUCAAGUUCGGCGUCGCCAAGAAGUGGCCGUCCAACCGCAUGCGCCGCGAGCUGGAGUCGACACUGCAGGCGUAG